AUGGCUUCUGCAGCUGUUCAACUCCCCGGUCGUCACGGUACUUCGCUGGCUGAAAAGCCUCAAAUCCCUCUUACCGAGAAACCUCACCAUGUCCAGACCACACUAAACUUCCUGAAAGAAAACGAAGAUGGCUCCCCUCCAGAACCAACAUAUGUCGAUAGACCGGAGACCUACGAUAGACCUGUGACAACCCUACCAGCCACCAUCCAUGAUAUCAGUGGCCAUGAAUUGGACUACACGCUGGAUGGCCAUGGGUUCCAGCUCUACUACCACGAAAGUCAAGAGAAAGAUUUCCAAGAUGAUGAAAAGAUCAAGAGGGAGUAUUACCCAGAGACGGAGCAACUACUAAAAGACGCCACGGGUGCCUCCCGAAUCUUCAUCUUUGACCAUACUAUCCGUCGAGCAUCAAAUGACAACGACAGCGUCGCAAAGCUCCGCGGUCCAGUUCAACGCGUCCACAUCGACCAAUCCUACUCUGCAGCCAAAAGCAGAGUCCCCUUCCAUCUCCCAGAAGACGCACCUGAGCUGCUAAAGGGCCGGUAUCAGAUCAUCAACGUUUGGCGUCCAAUCAAGACUAUACUGAAAGACCCCCUCGCGGUCGCUGAUGCAAACUCAGUUCCAGACAGUGAUCUCGUUCCCAUUAAGUUGAUAUACCCUAACCGUGAGGGUGAGACGUACACUGUGAAGCCGGAUCCUGAUAUCAAGUGGUACUACCGCUAUGCUCAGACUCCGGAUCUGGUUACUUUGAUCAAGUGCUUUGAUUCGAAAACGGAUGGACGGGCUCGUCGUGUGCCACACACUGCCUUUGUUAACCCCGAGACAGAAAAUGAGGCGGGUCGGGAAAGUAUUGAGGUUCGGGCUUUGGUUUUCCAUCCUGAUGACCGAGAUUGA